AUGGAAUCUAAAUACUUGGCAUCGGGCUGGGACAUCUGGAACCUCACAGUGGAGCCCAACAGUCACCUCGCUAAUGUCAGCUGGAGACACAACCUCCCGCCCAGAAGCCAGUUUGUGAUAGAGGUCACUCUGGACAGCAACAGGACUGUGCGAAAUGUCCAGGUGAAACAGCCGCCAGCGUCAGUGUCGGACCUGGUGGCAGGUACCAUGUACCACCUCCGGGUUUUCUCCUCUGAGGUCAACACUGUCUCCAGCUCUACCUACAGCUUUAAGACCAAGCCAGCCUACAUGGACCAGGUGGACAUUGCCACUCAGGGCUGGUUCAUCGGUCUGAUGUGUGCCAUCGCCCUCAUCAUCCUCAUUCUCCUCAUCGUGUGCUUCAUCAAGAGGAGCCGAGGAGGAAAGUACCCAGUGCGCGACAAGAAAGACCUCCCCCUGGACCCUGUGGACCACAAAGACCAAGAUGGAUCCUUUGAUUACCACUCAGACGAGGACCACAAGCCGCUGCAGAGCCAGACGUCGCUGGACGCCAACGUGAAGGAGAGCGACGACAGCCUGGUGGACUACGGCGAGGGCGGAGACGGUCAGUUCAACGAGGACGGCUCCUUCAUCGGACAGUACACGGUGAAGAAGGACAAGGACGAGACCGAGGGCAACGAGAGCUCCGAGGCCACGUCUCCUGUCAACGCCAUCUACUCGCUGGCUUAG